CUUUUCCAGGGAAGAGCUCGUGCAAAGCAAAAUGAGCUCGUUAAAGUUGCAGAAGAGGCUAGCAGCCUCUGUUAUGAGAUGUGGCAAAAAGAAGGUUUGGUUGGAUCCGAACGAGAUUAAUGAAAUUGCGAAUACAAAUUCAAGACAAAACAUCAGAAAACUGAUUAAAGAUGGUCUGAUUAUCAAGAAACCUGUAGCCGUACAUUCGAGAGCUCGUGUUCGUAAGAACACUGAAGCUAGACGCAAGGGACGUCAUUGCGGUUUUGGUAAAAGAAAGGGUACAGCAAACGCACGUACACCCCAAAAAGAUCUUUGGAUUCAAAGAAUGCGAGUUCUCCGUCGUCUUUUGAAAAAGUAUCGCGAAACGAAAAAGAUUGAUAGACAUCUGUAUCAUUCGUUAUACAUGAAAGCUAAAGGUAACGUUUUCAAGAACAAGCGAGUGUUGAUGGAAUUUAUCCAUAAGAAAAAGGCUGAGAAGGCCCGUGCUGAGAUGUUGUCUGAUCAAGCCGAAGCUCGGCGCACGAAGGUCAGAGAAGCUCGCAAACGCCGUGCGGAACGCAUUGCUUCGAAGAAGCAAGAGCUAUUGCAGUCUUAUCAACGCGAGGACGACGCUGCAAAGAAGUAAAUUGCAUGGUGUAUCUUAAGUAAAAAUUGUAUAAAUAAAAUAUGAAAAA